AUGCAUAGACACGCGGGCUACCCAUAUGCCAACCCGGCUCCCACUACCACAAGAUACUCGGGCACCUCGUCAGCCUUCUCUGCUUCGGCAAACCCCAACGAAGACUGGACCAAGAUCUCAGAUCUCGCUGAGCGCAGGCGGAUACAGAACCGCAUUGCCCAACGUAACUACCGCAAGAAGCUCAAGAAGAGGCUCGAAGACUUGGAGCGUCGUGCUGCCUCCAGCUCAGCUUCACCUGAGCAGAAGCCUGCCGAGCUGCAGCCACCACAGCGAUCCCCGCGCCAGGAGUUUCCUUCUCCGUCGUCUUCGGAGUCCUCAUACACCACCCCACCUGCCGAGGAUCGCAUGUUCUCGCAUCAGUACACGCGCCAGCUUUCCACCACCCCACCUCCAUUCUCCGUAGCAUCGUAUUCGUCAGCAUACCCAGCGCCAGAUGCAGUUGCAUACUCAAUGCCGUACUCCACCUCGCCCUACCACACAAUACCAACCACACUCACACCGGAAAUGCCAAGCUACACUUACCUGCCGCCGCCUCACUCGUCUUCCUACUCUAUUGGCCUACCAAGCCUCGUACCAAGCAUGAAGAACGAGUACUACGCCGACGAAGACACCAGCCCCUUCGGUGUCGGCUACGCGGCGAUUUGUGGGAACGAUAUCCUACCAUCACACUCCUACGCAGACUCAGUAAGGAUCCCCACCCGCCAGCCCUACUAUGCAUAA